GAACAAUUCUAAUAUGAAACUGGAUACCUACAUCUGGACUUUUGGAGCCACCCCAAUUUAAAAUGGCCACAGCUAAGCAGCCUUAUCAAACAAAAGAAGAGAGGGUGUGACCAUAGUUACUGCUGCUGAGUUUCACCUGAGAGCAAAAUAAGCAGCCUUCCUCAGCUCCCACACAGUGACAGGGCCUCGAGGGACGCAGACGUUUAAUCUCUUCCUGCUCCUUAAGCUGCCGGGGUUKAAAUGGACCUUUUGUUUACGAGCGUGUGGCUGAAGGUGGCCGUGCUGGUUCUGAUAAGGACUCAGCUGACAGCAGAGGCGAUGACAAUAACCUCUUCGGGGCCACAGACCAUUCAACAGCCCGAGGGACAGACGGUCACCCUUGGAUGCACCUACACACCGGGGACAGGGGACACAGGAGACCUGGACAUCGAGUGGUCCAACGUGAGCCCAGACAUGACACAGAAAGACACGCUGAUCUUGUCCUAUUCAGGGGGGCAGACGCACGUCUACGACUCCAGCUACUCCAACAGAUUAAAGUUCUUGGCAGAUCCGAAUCAGGGAGACGCCUCCGUUGCCAUCUCCAGUGUGAGGCUCUCAGACACCGGCACCUAUCAGUGUAAAGUCAAGAAGUCACCAGGCGUCGACAUGAGAAAAGUCACUCUAGUUGUGCAGGUUCCUCCCUCCAAAACCAAGUGCUGGGUUGAAGGCAGCGAGGAGAAAGGCGGCUCCGUCUCCCUGCGCUGCAAAUCCUACCAGGGAACUAUUCCUCUCACUUACGUUUGGACGAGGGAGACCGGCGGUACGAUGCCGAACACUGCGACCCAAGACCCCAAUACUGGAGAGCUUCUGAUAAAGAACCAUACAGACAGCAACACUGGAGUUUACACAUGUGUGGCUAAAAAUUCAGUCGGUCAAGACCAGUGCAAAUACACACUGGGUGCAUACAACCCAACCAACAAAGCGGGCAUCAUCGCCGGUGCRGUGAUAGGCGCUCUGCUGCUGUUCCUCCUCCUCCUGCUUCUCAUCUGGUGCCUGAUCUCCUACUGCAACAAGAAGCGCUACCAGAAGGAGGUUUCAAAUGAAAUUAGGCACGACGCUCCCGCUCCAGAGAGCAAACCGCCCAGCCGAGCAUCGAGUGUUCGAUCCAUGGUGGGGUACCGCACKCACCACGGGGUCCAGUACAACGCCGUGGCGAGCCCCCUGCCCAGUGUCACUGAAUCUGCCCCCAUCGUGGCAGAUGGCAACAACGGCACGCCCUCUGAAGGGGCYAGAGGGGCUUCCUUCAGAUACGACCCUCAGUACGGAUACGCUGUGUAACCGCGAGCCUGAAAACAAAAGAUCUUAUGUAAGAGACUUAAAGUGCAAUCCUAUGUUUGGCUGGAGAACAAUAGUGUGAGACUACAGACUUACUGUUUCACUGCUGGUGUAACAAAAACAGGACCUCAUUACACAAGUUAUCACUCUCACAAAUUUAUCUAAAACUAAAUGUAAAAUGUACAUAGACGACUGUAUAUUUAAUCAGGGUGCUUUUUUUAACGUAAAUGUGAAUUUAAUGCCUUUUUUAUAUGUACAGAAUAAAAUCUUUUAACUGAUGAGUCAA